AUGGAGUAUAAAGAGAGUGGCGGAGUGAUGUUCUCGCCGCUGGGACGACUCCGAGUGGCACAGGCUGUCAGAAAACAGAUGAGCCAGCUCCCGGUGCUGGGCACAGAAGCAGCUCCCCUGCAGGCUCCGCUGUGCUACCAGCUUCUGUGUGCCCCUCCCCUGGCACCACUGCAGCCCUGCGCCCCCUGCGAACUGCCCCCACCGCCAUAUGCCGUCUAUCCCCUGCCAUUUGACACCACGCCAGCGAUCUACGGGCCCCCAGCUCAGUAUGCCCUGGUACCAGCUCCGUACAGCACCCCGUGCUGCGAGCCCUCGUGCUGUGCUCCCCUGGACAAGCAGCCCAGGGUACCACCGCCGCCGCUGCACCCCGCAUUCAUCUACUAAACUCACUCACUCACGAAAUAUCUCGAAGACAUUCAAAUUCAAGGUAACCAUUUCAUAUUAGAUGUCGGAUAAGUGACAAAAAUGUAUUGUGAAGCUAGCAAUAAUCGAACAGAGAUUAGUUGAAACUAGUAAAACCGAUAGAGUUAAUACGUGUACCAAUGAUGUAACUAGUCAGGUGUAAGUCAGAACAAUAAUGGCAAUAAUUGCGGACAACGAAUGUAAUACAGUAACUUAAGUACUGAGUUUUGUUUGUAGAACUGUACAUGUACAUAGAUGUUAUAGGAUGACGCGUAGAUAACGACGGAGUACUGAGUGAUCGAAAGAUAAAGCGAGAUAUGAACUCGAAGCAAGAUAAGCGUGACAAUGAUGCAGCUCCUUACAAAUACAUUUCACCACGUCUGUUUAUUCUAUCUCAUUCCUCUCGUAAAUAAUUCAUAAUUCAAUGUCUUCGAUAUAUUUCUAACACGAUACCAUUCGCGAAGAAGAUUACUUUACUAAUUAUAUUCAGCUUCUUCGUAUGUAUUCCAUCUUGAUUGCUCAAGUCUUCCAAUCCAGUUCAUAGUCAUCUGUCUUCAAUACAUUACUUCCCUAUAAUGAAACUAUUUGUGAGAGAUUGUCUGUGACUAUUCAAUGGACAUCAAAGCUGAGAGAAGGCGAUGUAUGUGUUCAAGUUAGCUCUCGGGUUUGUUUAGAUUUGUCUGAAUGUCUGUCUUGUCGCUUUUAUUUAUAGAUUUAAGAUAUUUAGCUUGAAACUGGUAUAUGUAAGAGACCGUGGAUUCGUGUGCUAUCGUUAUUAUUAUAGUGAAUUAUAUCGAUGUAUCAAAUUGAUGUUUAAAUAAAAGUCGUGUGAUGUUCCGUGGAAUUACUUUGACCACAAAUUUUUGCAGUCAUCUGCACGUAUAUAACCAAUUAUCAUAAUGUAUACUUGUAUAUCUAUUUACACAUGAAUAUGAAUUAGUAAUGCGAAAAAUUUCAACACA